AUGGUGGGACGAUUCUGUCCCGAGUCCCCGCCAGGCUUUGUCCGGGUCGCCGCUACCAGCGCCGUCUCCCCAGACCCUCCAUCCGGGGAACCUCGCCCCGGGUGCGGGUACCGGGGGCCGCGCAGCGCUGCCUUGAGGGUGUAUGGAUGCACGGCGCCGGCGAGAGAGACCGGGGGCUGGGCCUGGGAGACCCUAGCGGGGGCGGGGGGCGAAGAAGGUAUGUUUAUUUAUUCCAAUGAAACAAUUACUGGAACAACUUCAAGUAACCCCUCCCAGAAUACUUCCAACUUUGGGAUUACCCCAAAUCCAACUAAUGCCACCACCAAGGCAGCUGGUGGUGCCCUGCAGUCAACAGCCAGUCUCUUCGUGGUCUCACUCUCUCUUCUACAUCUCUACUGUUAAGAGACUCAGGCCAAGAAACAUCUUCUAAACUUCCCCAUCUUCUAAACCCAAUCCAAAUGGUGUCUGGAAGUCCAACGUGGCAAGGAAAAACAGGUCUUCAUCGAAUCUACUAAUUCCACACCUUUUAUUGACACAGAAAAUGUUGAGAAUCCCAAAUUUGGUUGAUUUGAAGAACAUGUGAGAGGUUUGACUAGAUGAUGGAUGCCAAUAUUAAAUCUGUUGGAGUUUCAUGUACAAGAUGAAGGAGAGGCAACAUCCAAAAUAGUUAAGACAUGAUUUCCUUGAAUGUGGCUUGAGAAAUAUGGACACUUAAUACUACCUUGAAAAUAAGAAUAGAAAUAAAGGAUGUGAUUGUGGAAUGGAGAUUCAGUUUUCAUUUGGUUCAUUAAUUCUAUAAGGCCAUAAAACAGGUAAUAUAAAAAGCUUCCAUGAUUCUAUUUAUAUGUACAUGAGAAGGAACUUCCAGGUGUUACUGCAAUUCCUCAACAUAUUGUUUCGACAGCACUAAUUUAAUGCCGAUACGCUCUAGAUGAAGUUUUACAUUGUUGAGCUAUUGCUGUUCUCUUGGGAACUGAACUCACUUUCCUCUUGAGGCUUUGGAUUUGACAUUGCAUUUGACCUUUUAUGUAGUAAUUGACAUGUGCCAGGGCAAUGAUGAAUGAGAAUCUACCCCCAGAUCCAAGCAUCCUGAGCAACUCUUGAUUAUCCAUAUAGAGUCAAAUGGUAGGCAUUUCCUAUCACCUAUUUCCAUUCAACAAGAGCACUACAUUCAUUUAGCUAAACGGAUUCCAAAGAGUAGAAUUGCAUUGACCACGACUAAUUUCAAAAUGCUUAUUAUUAUUAUUAUUAUUAUUUUUUAGACAGUCUCACUUUGUCACCUAGGCUGGAGUGCAGUGGUGCGAUCUCAGCUCAUUGCACUCUUUGCCUCCCGGGCUCAAACGAUUCUCCUGCCUCAGCCUCCCAAGUAGCUGAGAUUACAGGCACCUGCCACCAUGCCCGGCUAAUUUUUGUAAUUUUAGUAGAGACAGGGUUUCACCAUGUUGCCCAGGCUGGUUUCAAACUCCUGACCUCAGGUGAUCCACCUGCCUUGGCCUCCCAAAGUGCUGGGAUUACAGGCUUGAACCCCCGCACUCAGCUGUCAACAUGCUUUUUAUUUCUGCAUAUGUUGAAUACUUUUUACAAUUAAGAAAAACGAUCUGUUGGGAAGGCAAAAUUACAAAUCUUGAAAUUAAGGCAAAAAUGUAAAGGAGUCAAAACUAUAAAUCAGGUAUUUGGGAAGUGAAGACUGGAAGCUAAUUUGCAUUAAAUUCACAAAAACUUUUAUACUCUUUCUGUAUAUACAUUUUUUUUUCUUUAAAAAACAACUAUGGAUCAGAAUAGCCACAUUUGGAACACUUUUUGUUAUCAGUCAAUAUUUUUAGAUAGUUAGAAUCUGGUCCUAAGCCUAAAAGUGGGCUUGAUUCUGCAGUAAAUCUUUUACAACUGCAUUGACACACAGAAACCUUUUUAAAAAUAGACACUCCCCGAAGUCUUUUGUUCGCAUGGUCACACACUGAUGCUUAGAUGUUCCAGUAAUCUAAUUAAUAUGGCCACAGUAGUCCUGAUGACCAAAGUCAUUUUUUUCCAUCUUUAGAAAACUACGUGGGAACAAACAGAUUGAACAGUUCUGAAGCUACUGUGUGUGUGAAUGAACACUCUUUUGCUUUAUUCCAGAAUGCUGUACAUCUAUUUUGGAUUGUAUAUUGUGUUUGUGUAUUUACGCUUUGAUUCAUAGUAACUUCUUAUGUUAUGGAAUUGAUUUGCAUUGAACAGAAACUGUAAAUAAAAAGAAAUGGCUGAAAGAGCAA